AUGGUUACUGUCAACAGCUCAAAGAGCACAUACAAUGUGGUUUCUUAGGACAAAUAUAAUCCCAACAGCAAUGAUGAAUAUCCUUUAAAAACCAAAUUCCACUGGCCACUUUUCAAAGGCAAAAAUUUUGAUAGUUAUGUUUUGAAUUUUAAAAUUGUAAACUGUAUCACCUGGCUAAAGUACAAUUCUAGUGAAUGAGUUGGCAUCUGCUCCAGUAACAUUUACUAAUGAGAUGCCUUAUUAUUGUAUGUCAUGUGAAGUCUAAGUCAAUUAUAUUUUCUGUUAAUUCUGAGUUGGACAUGACUAAAAUGACAGUGAGUCAGAUGUUAAUUCAUCGAGUGAGUCAUUAGACUGAUUCAACAUGAUAAUUCAAGUUUGAAACAAAAAUGUUUGAUUCACUACAAAGAACCAGCACAUAGUCAUUUGUUCACAAAUGACACUGCAAUGUUUCCCGUGCAGUCAGCGGGAACCAUGCAGUAGAAAGAUGUUUAUUUGUUUCGCAGUUCUUGGUCUUUCUCAUGACAUUCAGUUCAGAUUGUGAGCUCAACUAUAUUUUUUCCUGCCGUAGUGCUGUAGAUUCAGCAGCAGCAACGUGUCGCUGCCUCUGAUUAGCGGUGCAGAAAAAUCUGUGGCUACUUAUGCAGGGUAAAAUAAGCAUGUGGAGCUUCAUCCAGAGAAAUCAAAAAAACACCAAGCCUUUGGUUACACUGUGUCCUAAACUUGUAUGAAGAACAAAAUGCUGAAAUUAAUAAGCAUUUAGGCAGAAAUUUACUGAGGUUUUAAAUGAAUACCUUUUGCCUUUUGUAAAUUUGUACUACUGAAAUGGUUAUAAAGGCUCAGGACUCGCUCCUAAAGCUGUAUUCUGAUUUUUGAAACUAAUGUGGUGACCAAUCCGAAUAGCAGUUCUGACAGCUAGUGCUACGCAGGAAUUGCCAAGUUCCAAGUUGUUGAGAUGAAGGUUGGCAUAUGCCUCCACUCAGAUAUAAUCUGAGUGCAGUGACACGCUAUAAUUUAAUUGUGAUUUGUAUUUAAAUUUAGGCAGAUUUAACAUGUUCUUCCUUGUACGCAAAGGAUCAUGAAUUUUCACACCCCUCUGUUUAGAAAUAGUACAUUCCUUGCCUAUUACUUUCUACAGUUCUGACUGCAUGUUAUGCAGCAGUGGGGGAGGGUAGUGUUCUCUCACUUCCAUGAUUUUUAUCCCCACUAAAAUUUGACAGCCUUUUUUUUGGUUCUGUACAUUUAUUUAUUUAUUUGACAAUGCGUAAUUUUAAUAGAAAGCCUGCUGUUGUUUUGUCGAGUGUGUCUUGGCUUGUUCAAUCAUGUCAAGGUCUUGCAGACUGUUCUGGUCACUGAGGACAGUUUUGUUUCAUGUUGUUUCUCAGAUAUAAUGGCUAGGGUUUAGUAAAUGUAGUAAUGUUAUUUUUCUAGUGUAGAAGAUAAAGUAUUUAAAAAAAAAAAAAAAUGACAGGCACAAACAUGGUAGAGUCCAACCAAUGCUCCCCUUCCCCCCUCCAUGUACUCUUUGUGUGCCCUUUGAGGUAAGGUGCCUAGAUGUGCUUGAGUCACGACUAAUCAUGGGCUACACUUGAGAACCGCUGCAUUAUAGACUCAUAUUCCAAAUUAUUCGAAUGUUUUUUUAUUUUAUUUGAUUGAAAAUAAAAGAAUUACAGUGUAAAUAUUUUCGCUCCAAGUUGGCUCUGAUUGGAACGCCUCACUGCUGAUUGGCAGACAUAAAAACCCUCUGAUUAGUUGGACCUCAGAUGGAAAUGACCAGUAGUUAGUGUCUGUUUGGAACUCGGACAGUUACAGCGUCCAAGUUAGCAGUGUUUCCCCCUCUCAGUCCUUACAAUGGUAUGGUCCGUACUCUCCAGUAAUUUUCCAUUGUCUGCUCUGCCUUGUUACUUUGCACGAAGAGGGUGGAGCUUCUCUGCAGUGUGACUGUUCUCUACAACUAAUUUCAGCUAGUUUUCAUGUUUCUGCUAAUGUAUGUUUAAACAGUUUUCAGUUUCAGCCAUUUCAAAACAAGUCAAAACAUUUGUCCAAGCUAAUUUAGAAAUGAAAAUCUAAAAGUAAACCCAGAAUAAAAAAGAGUUGCUAAGAGAACUCUAUGAUUCAGCCCUUAGUGUGUACAUAGUACAGCUCAUUUGUCAGUGUCAAACACCUAUAGUAGUGUAUCUAAUAUUUAUUAACAUAAAUAAAAGUAGCACCCCUGUAAAAUCCAUGGUUCAGCCCUAGCCCUGCCCCUCCCCCACAUCUGCUCAGUUUUACUGCUAGGCUUUUGAUAGCACGGAGGCUAGUCACGCUUGCAGAUUUCUCCUCCAAGCAGAAGGUGGCCUGCAUUUGAGGAUAGCAGUGUGACCCUGAGGAGCAUGAUUAGCUGGUUCAGGUCCUUUUUUGGAACCAAUCAGAAUCUUCAAAACCAAAUCUGCACAAAGGAUCCUCAAGCGACUGGCUGCCAAAUCCAUGAACAGGAAAGUACGAGACCUCACAGAAGCCUGGUGAAAAUGGAAGUAGCUGUACCAGAGGAACCUCAGAAGAAAAUCUUUCGUGCACGGAAAACGAUGAAGAUGAGCGAUCGGCAGCAACUGGAAGCGCUGCACAACACCUUGGCAGCCGCCACCUCCAGCUCCGCCUCUUACUCAUCUUCCUCCUCACCACCUCAGACACCACUGGUCAAUGGCACCCACAACGAAAAGGAGAAAGAGAAGGUCAAGGAGAAAGACUCGAAUCAUAAAGAGGCCGACUUGAUGCCACCCGCCCCUGAUUCAGCUCACUGUUCCCCUUCUCCGUCUUUCACCCUCUCCCGAUCUCCCUCUCCACCCAACACACAAACUACCUCACCUUCUAUGGAUAUUGACGACCCCCUUGUGGCCGCAGAAGAGAAAAAGGAGACAAGCAAUAAAAGUUCCUCCUCUUCUCUUUCUGCUUCCCCCUCUGGGUUGCACUGUGAUCCAGAGGUGAAAGAGGGAUUUCUGUGCUUGAGCGAAGAGGAUGAAAUCCAAGCAGACAAAGAUGAAAAGAAAGACGGUAACGGGGAGAAGAUGAAUGUAGAUGACGAGAAAGAGGACCAAAAAGGCACUUCUGAGAAUGCAGGAGCAGACAACAGUGCCUCUGCUGGUACAAAGAGAUCGUUGUCUGAGGAGAAAGAUGAAGAUGACAAAGAAAUCAAGGAUGAGAGAGACGGAAAACGAGCAAGGCUGGACGGUGAAGAGCUGGAGGCUCAGCUAGAGCUGAAAAUCACAGCCAAUGCUGGGAGCCGGCAUAAACUGGAGAAGAUGGUACAGCAGUUAGUCGAGGAACGGUUACGGGUGCUGCAGUUGACUGUAUUUGACCGAAGCAUAAAAGAGCUGAAAGAGAGAGUGGAGAAGAUUGACAAUGCAACCAAACAACAGAAUACAAUGCAGCAUAUUAACACACUACAGGCUAAGAUUUCCCGGCUGGCCAAAAAGUUUGGUGCUGCUAAUCAGGCCUCGGAGAACUCAAAGAGAACUCAAGAGGCUCACGCUGCCGCCGCCGCCGCUCAGGCCAACAAUGCAACCAACAUGACUACACCGCAACGUACUGUUAAAACCACAAUGGAUCCCAAACUGUCCAGUCCAGCCACUGGUUCUAAUUCAACUGCAAUCCCAGCCCAGCCCAAACCUCUGUCCACACCGACUACACCAACCUCCUCCGCGCUAGCUUCUCCUGCACCCAUUCUACAGAUCAUUACCACAACAACAAGCUCCACUCCCUCAUCCACCUCUUUGCCUGGCCAGUCUCAGACAGGCACCCUACUACUAAAGACUGGACCCAGUACAGGGGUCAUGACUAACACCCCAGCAACUUCAGGGGGUCAGUCAGUGUCUAUUCAGCCUCUUUUGAUACAGCUGCCUUUAGCGAUGGCGAAUGGGCAAAGUGGAGCAUUGGUUAAUACUGCCAGUGGUGUCGGUUUAAUACCGGUGUCGUCAUUAUCUACGGUUAGUAGCAACAAUAAGGCAAAGACGACUACACCUGCUACCACCUUCAUCCUUCAAAAGGCAGCAGGCAGUGUUGUUUCAUCUUCCUCGACCUCAUCAGCUCCGGCGGUGUCGUUAGCGAGAGCCGUGUAUCCGGGUGGCACAGGGAUUGUUAGUUCACCCAGCACAGGGAUAUCUGUGACUACAGCCCGGACACCUACACAGUGUGCUGCUGUUGUAGGAGUGUCUACAGCUGCCUCUUCUCCAGGAACCACGGGACCUGCAGCAACAGGAUCAGCGGCAGCUGCAGCUGGUCCACCAUCGGCUUCUGCGCUGGCCUCAAAGACAGAUAAUCAGGCCUCAACACCGAAAACACCCUCUCAGACCGGGCGACCCAAAGGUUCUGUGAUAGAUCUGACUGAAGAUGAUGAUGAUGUUCAAGUGACAGGAGUCCAGAAGGCCACUGUUUCCCCCAUCACUACCCAGCGUGCAUCUGGGCCACCUCCUUUAGUCAGCUCUACCACUAAUGCUGGAGCUCGAUCUGCACAACGGUCCUCUGUGGAUUCUCCAUCUCAAUCCCGUCCAAGCUCCUCUUCCUCCACCACUCUUCCUCCAUUACCACUGGCACCAUCGCCACCGGCACGUCUCCCCCCGGAGGCCGCCCACACGUCCCCUCCACAGCAGCCCCAGCUCAAACUGGCCCGUGUCCAGAGCCAAAACGGGAUCGUCCUGUCCUGGUGUGUUGCAGAAACUGACCGCAACUGCGCCGCUGUAGAUACCUAUCACCUGUACGCCUAUCACCAGGACCACCAGGGGGCAGCAUCGGGUGCUUCGGCUCAGUCACUGUGGAAGAAGAUCGGGGAGGUGAAGGCGCUGCCGCUGCCCAUGGCAUGCACCUUGACACAGUUUGUGUCCGGGUCGACAUAUUAUUUUGCUGUCAGGGCCAAAGAUGUGUACGGCCGCUUCGGUCCUUUCUGUGAACCGCAGUGCACUGACGUCAUUAACCCAGCAUCCUCUCCAUCAUCCUAAAAUAAUUCCAGAUAAGGGUGGGGUGGUACAAAAGGAAGUGGCCCGACGGAAGUAUGACGGGAGAUUUGUAAUUGUUAACUAUGCGCAGACCACUGGUUUAGUCUUGCCCUUUGUGUUAGGAAUUGUAGGGAAUUCAAAUAGGUUGUCUUAAUGCAAAUGGAAAUACAAAUAAUCAUCAGUGCAUACAGACACACACACACUAUUUGUUUCAACUUUAUUUUACAAUAAGGAGGGAACUAUCACAAUUAACUUGUGCUUGAAAUUGUAUUUUCCGUGUGCAGAAUGUUCAGAGUUAAGUAUUGUUUUUCAAUUUCUUUCUCUUUUUUUUUUAUUAUUUUUUUUAAUAAAAUGAUAUUCAGUACAUUGCACAGAUGUUCCAUUAUAGGUCCCGGUCAUUAGCUACAGGACAGGAAAGCUGGGGUGUUAAAGGUUUUGUAAUGUUUUUUGUCUGGUACCCAGACACUGCAAAAUGACACUCA